AUGAAUUUAGAAUCAUUAGCUAAUGAAUUAUUACUUGAUUUAUUUGAAUAUUUUUCUAUGACUCAUCUUCUUCAAUCUUUCGACAAUCUUAAUAUUCGUUUUAAUAAUCUCAUCUCUCUUUAUUAUCAAACACAUACUUUAAAUUUACAAUCGAUAUCAAAAUAUUAUUUUGAUCUUAUUUGUCAAAAGUAUAUACCAUCAAUAACUAAUCGAAUCAAUUCACUUCAACUUUCCGAUGAUGAUGAUACUCCACAACAAAUCGAUCUAUUUUUUUCCUAUGGUUUAUCGUUUCGUCAUUUUUCUCAUUUAAAAUCUUUAUCAAUCUAUCGAUUUUGCUCAUUACACUUACUCGAAAGACUUAUGAAUGAAAUACUUUAUCUACAUCAUCUUACCUAUUUAAAAAUUAUCAGAUAUAUUAUUAAAUAUACUGAAAUAUAUGACAUCGGUAUAAUCAGCCUUAUCGAACGAUUAUCAAAACUUACUUAUUGUUAUUUCGAUAUCACACAUGAUAAUGAUGGUUUUUAUCAAACAUCAUCUAUCAUUUCAACAUCUUUAAAUUCUUUAUCUCUUCCAUAUUUAGAAUGUAAUCUAAAUCAAUUAAUAUCUUUAAUUAAAAAUACAUUUAAUCUCUAUUCAUUACAAAUACGUAUUAAUGAUUUUGUAAUUAAAUCACCAAUACCAUUGAUUAAAUUUUUGUCAAUUAAAAAAUUGAAUAUAAAUUUUUUAGGUUCUUUAAAUAUAAUGAAGAAUUUGUUGCGAACAAUGCCGAAUUUAGAAGAAUUAAAAAUUGAACUUCAAUCGAAUUAUAUUAACGGAUAUGAAUGGGAAUCUAUCAUUGAAAAUAAUUUAUUAUAUUUAAUUAAAUUACAAUUUAAAAUGUCAGUAUCAAUUUCUAAUCAAAAUAAUAAAGAAGAAGAAAUUGACGAAAUAUUAAAUUCAUUUCGUAGUGAGUUUUGGAUUAUAAAACAUCAAUGGUUUGUUCAAUGUAAUUGGAAUCCAAUUAAAUCAUCAUCAUCAACUGUUCAUGUAUAUACAUUACCUUAUGCUUUUAAGAAUUUUUUCUUUAUGGGGAAUAGUCGAUUAAAAUCAACAUAUCCUGAUAAUAAUUAUCAAUGGUCAUUUGAUUGUAUACAUAAUUUAUAUUAUAAUUAUCUUUCAUCACAAAAUUUACCUUUAUUUCGUAUGGAUUUACGUAAUAUUCGUCAUUUAGAUAUAACUAUUCCUUUUGAUAAUUCAUUUUGGUUGAUUGUAUCAACACUUAAUCGAUUACAAUCGUUAAGUAUUGUUUCGUAUAAUGAUAUGAAUUCUAUUGAUAUACAAUCGAAUUUAGAAAUAUUAUUUGAACGUUCACCAUAUCUUCAUUCAUUGAAAUAUUUCUCUUGGUUUGUUCAAAUUGAAUUUGUAGAAAAAAUCAAACAUUUAUCUAUUCGUCGACUUGGUUUACAAGGACCACAUAUGAUUUAUAAUCAAGAGCAAUGUUUAGAAUUAUGUCAUUCAUUCAUGGGACAACAAUGUGAAGUUCUUUCUAUUAAUGUUCAACAACGAACUGAUAUAAUUAAUCUUAUUAAUAAUAUGAAAAAUCUUCGUGCUUUAAGUGUAAAAUGUUCUAGAAUGACAUUAACUGAAGAAGAAAAUCAAGAUUUAAUUCAAUGGUUACAACAAAAUUUACGAACAACAUGUUCUAUUUCUAAUUCAACAGAUUGUAAUAAUAAUAUUCGAAUAUGGAUUCGUUAA